UUCAGUCGACGCAAAAAACACCAUCGAAAGCAUCUUGGGCUCUCGUUUGUCGUCUUUCGUCUUCUGAAAAGGAAACUACAGCCUGCACCCAUUAGCACAAAACAGCAGAAAUAGAAGUGUUUUCUUUCUUCGUGGGAUUAUAGAGCUCCCAAAACUAUUGUCGCGCCUCGUCGAGUUAUAAUAGCGCGAUCCCGUAGUGAAUCCUGGUUUAGUGUCGUUUUCGUGAAUAAAAUUUUAUUUUUUCUUAUCCCUUUGCGGAAGAAAUUUUUGUGCUAAACGCUCCCAACAAUCGUGUAGGAAGUGGUUUGCUGCAGCGUGAAAUUUUACCAGAAGAAUAGUUGGAAGUUGAUUUUUACGUGAUUCAAGUGUUAGAUUAAAAAGGAAAACAACCCCAGAUACCUAUCGCUUGUAGAUUAUUGUGGUGACUGAAAAUCCCAGGUACCAAGAGCGUCCUAAUUUUGAUUUGUUUUUCAUUUGUGCCACCCGAGCACAGUGUUCCCCAUCUUCGACGUGUGAAAGUGUAAGGGUUUCCUCUGCCCUGCCUAAAAGCACCGAAAAUUGCCCGUAAGUGUCCCGAACCCCCGUCGGAUCUUGCUCUAGAUUCCAACAGCAGCACCAGCAGCAGUCAUAGUAGCAGGAGAAAUCUCGAGAUCACAGCUGCAAUUAUGGCGUCGCUGCUGGAAGAAGAGCAAAGCCUACGCGAGUGCGAGGCCUACAUCCAGACGCAUCGAAUUCAGCGGGUGCUCAAGGAUUGCAUCGUGCAGCUGUGCGUGGCCCGGCCCGACAAUCCCAUCUCGUUCCUGCGGCAGUACUUCCAGAAGCUGGAAAGGGAGCAAGCCAAGCUAGACGCCAGUAAACAGGCUGCCAGCCCGGAUGAUUUGGACGAUCUCAGCCCGAUGCCACAGACGACGGUACCGCCGGUGCGGCGGCGUGGCGGCAUUUCGGCUGAACCGGUCAGCGAGGAGGAUGCCACCAGCUACGUGAAAAAGGUCGUUCCGAAGGACUACAAAACCAUGGCCGCCCUGUCGAAGGCCAUUGCCAAGAACGUGCUGUUUGCCCACCUGGAUGAGAACGAACGAUCGGACAUUUUCGAUGCCAUGUUCCCGUGCAAUUUUCUACCGGGCGAAUCGAUCAUUCAGCAGGGCGAUGAGGGCGAUAAUUUCUAUGUGAUCGAUAUAGGCGAAGUUGAGGUGUUCGUAAACAAUGAGCUAGUAACGACAAUUAGCGAGGGUGGCAGCUUCGGUGAGCUGGCCCUGAUCUAUGGAACUCCGCGAGCUGCCACGGUACGUGCCAAAACCGACGUCAAACUGUGGGGUAUCGAUCGGGACAGCUAUCGGCGCAUUCUGAUGGGCUCCACCAUCCGGAAACGGAAGAUGUAUGAGGAGUUCCUGUCCCGGGUGUCUAUAUUGGAGAGCUUAGACAAAUGGGAACGACUUACCGUGGCUGAUGCACUGGAACCAGUUUCUUUCGAAGACGGAGAGACGAUUGUGAGGCAAGGCGAACCUGGAAACGAUUUCUACAUCAUCGUGGAGGGAUGUGCUACCGUUAGGCAAAAGCGAGAUGAGAACGAAGAACCCGCCGAAGUGGGCCGGCUUGGUCCGAGUGAUUAUUUCGGAGAGAUCGCGCUGCUGCUAGACCGCCCGCGAGCUGCCACCGUUAUCGCCCGAGGUCCGCUCAAGUGCGUCAAGCUGGACCGCGCCCGGUUCGAGCGGGUGCUCGGCCUGUGUGCAGACAUUCUCAAACGAAACAUCACACAGUACAACAGCUUCGUUUCGCUAUCGGUCUAAAAAACGGGUAAGCUGGACUGGUGCAUGAAGGAGAAAUACACACACAUCACUUUAUGAUGGAUAGGGAGCUGUAAAAACGAUAAAAAAUAUAAAAAGGUCAACCUAACACAAAUUUAUUUAAAAUCUUUGAUUUUUUUUACAUUUUAGUAGGAUCGUAAUUUGAACAAUAGUGAAGUUUAUCAUUAUGUUUUCUUUUUAAACAAAUCAUAAAAUAUUACUUUUUGGAAAUAGUAUCUCAUCACAACAUCUGUUUGAGUAUAUAGAAAUAAACAAGUUUACUUAAUUUUUUGUUUAGAGUCUAGAGCUUUCAGACAUAUGUAUUAUUUGGCACUGAAAUACGGAUUACUGAUUCUCUAAUAUAAAUAAAUAUAAUUGAUACGAAUGUUUAUGUUUUUAGAAACAAUUGAAUGACACAUCAAGGAAAAAAAUUAUGCGAGUGUGAUUAGGAAGAUUAUUUUAUAUACAUCGUUUCAUUCAAUCACACCGAAAUACAUUGACAAGGAGAUGAAAAAAAUCAUUCUACUCAAAACAUAUACGAGGAAAAGCCGCCGAGUUUACUACAAACAAUAGUAGAGGAGUUAUCCUAUUCUCAUCGUAAAACAUUCUUAGUGUUUAUAAUACAAAUAAUUCAAACUGUUUGACAUGAAAAAAGAAGCUUUAUGUGCAUGGAAGGAAAAAAAAUGAGACAAUGAUCAUUGACGUUUAUAGUUCCCGAUAAUACGCGUGUAAUAUAUUUAACCCUUCGAAUACAGUAAGAAGUAAUUGUUUGCCCUACAAAAAAAAAUUGAAUAAUUACAUUUUGUCAAUUUUUUUUCUUACACAAAUUACUGACAUUGCGCUCUAACAAAAAUUAUUUGUUAAACCACCUAGUUUAUUUAGAUAAUUUACGUUAUUUGGUUUCACUUUACGAAUAUUGUCAUGUAGGAGUAAAUGUUUUGUUAGAAGUGAUAUAGCUUACUUGAUUGCAAUACAAGUAAUUCACAAUUAAGAUUUGUAACAUCCCAUGUUAGUGGAUGUGAGAAUAGUGUAGAUCUGAGAAUAUCUUAAUUAUUUCAGAAAAAUAAUUUACAUAUUCGAAGGGUUAAACCUAGUUAGCGAAAGGACAAACUAGCAGCAUGCAAAAAACGCUAACAAUUAACAACAACAAAAUAAGAUACAGGCAAAUUAGUUCAAAAUGAUAGUCCUUCGGAUAAAUGCGAUGAAGUUACAAAAACUUGAAACAGACAAACAAUUUACAAGACAAACAAUGGUGCAUUGCAAAAAGAAAGAAACAAAAAUAAUUUUACAGAAGCUGUUUUAUGGACAUGUGUGUAAAAUCAAAAUAAAAAAAUAACAGAAAACCAAAACAAACACAUUUACAAACAGAAACACAAUCACCCCGCUGUAACUAUCGAAAAUAUUGUAACGAUGUUUGAGUGUGGUGUGGGCAACCGCACGUUUCAGCUCUUACAACUUAACUAAAACUACAAAAAUGGAAACACAAUGUUGUUGAUGUAUGAAUGAUGAUGAAGAUUAUGUCGCUGCAAUGGGAAUAUGCAUGAGCAAAUAAGUGAUGACAAAGUAACUGGAAGCCAACUUUUUUAGUAGUUGAAAAUCAGAUAUAAUUGCUUUUAGAGCGAAGAAGACGACAUCAAGUACCAGUCAUGCACUCGCGAAAAUUAGUAGCAUGUUUAUUAUUUUGGUUUUCGGAAAGGAAAAGCCAUCCCUAGUAACAUAGCAAGUUUUAUUAUGGUUGCGUAGAGUUUUAUUCUUGUUCCUGCAGAGCAUAUCAUAGUCUUCAGAUACAUCAUAAUCCCGAAAAUGUUACAUGGGAUGUGAAAGUAGAAACUAGUGGAAGUUCACGAGAAUUAAUAAUAUCAACUGCUGGGAAGGCUUCAAAUGACGAAAUGUAGGCCAUCUGAAUGAAGGUUAUAGCGAGUAGCAGAUUUUUCGGCACAGAAGUGCAAAGUAGAUGUUUAUCUAUGCUUCUCUCCAUUUUAAUUGUUACGUGUGAUAGGCGGGUAUAAGAUCGCUAUUUUUUGGAUGUUGUUAAAAAAUCAACUGAGUCAAACAUACAAAGUUCCACAUGAAAAUGAAAGCAUGAUUCCAGGUAAAUUUCCCACUGAGAAAUAUCCUGUCUUUUCGUGAUGCCAACUACCAUUAUUCGAUAGUCGAGUGCUCAUUUUUUUCGGACUUAGACUGUCUUUAUAAUGUCAAAAAUUAACAUAAUUUUGGUACCGUAACCGGCACAAGUAAAUCAUAGGUAAAUACUGAGAGUUUGGCGUAUUGGGCAAUGAGCAAACGUAUCGAUAGUAUUAUUUCCAGCACAUUUAGACAUCUUCGGAAAUCUUUUCCCUUUUUUUAAUCUGUCCAUUAAGGUGAUUAUAUAUCAAAGCCAGAUAUCGGCCAACUUGAAAACGACGAGUUUUCAAAACAAGAGCACGAGAGAGGACCAUAACACGCACAGGGCAUACAAUGGCAGAUCGUUAGCUUUGGUACCUACUGAACUGAACUACUGUACUGAACAAUCAAACAGCACUGUACGAAAAUUAUUUCGUCAGAUUUGGGCCUUUUUAAAUAUGAGUAGAAAAGAAUGUGGUGAAUUUGUAAUUUAACGCGGAAUCAAUUAUAAAAUCAUCUCAAAUAGAUAGAUUUAAACUUUCACAUAGUUGAGUGUGCGUAAAACAUGCUGGUAUAUACGGCCGGAACAAAUAUUAUUUUCUCUUAAUUUUUUUUAUGAUCUGACUUUAUUAUGUUAGGGCUGAAACUCAUUUU